GUGGAAUUGAAACAUAUUUGAAACGAUCAAAUCAGAUUUUUUAUGAUUAAUCUCAUAAGAAUACAUAGUACAUUAAAUGUCUAUUUAAAAAAAAACUAGAGUGCGUUCUUUUAUAUUUUUAUAAACAAUUACGAUUACUAAACAUGACUGCGAGAGUAAAUGAUCAGAAAAGAGAGGUUAAGCAAGAGCGGAUAAGAGAACAUAAAAUAAUUUUAAGGCGAUUUCAACAAACCGUCGCAUGAAACGCAGAGAGCGCGAUAACGAGCAGCUGUUACGAUAAUUGCGACACUCAUGCUCAAUUUAUGAACAUUUGGGAGGUCAGUGCGAAAGCGAAUUCAGUAUGCGGCGAGCAGCUGAUACGGCGAGUAUCUCAAAAUAAACUUCACUGCCAAAGCUAAGCAAACUUGUAAGCAAAACUGAGUGAAACGACCGGAACUAGUAAAGCGAGCAAGGCACGCGAGCGAGACGCAACGAAAACAAGUACGAAGUCACAAUGACGGAGCUAAAAUUGUUCGAUAUCAAUGUUAUAAAAAGUUUACGAACAACAGCGAAGCUUGGCGCAACACAUCAAAUGCAGCUGCGUAACACCUGAUUCGCCUGGGAAGAAGCUGAGCGCCAACUAUUUAAAAUCGAAAACUUUAGCAGUUCCAGCGAAUUUGAAUUUAUUUCAGACCUCUAGCCGUUUUUUUUCGAAUAUACUACUGUGUGACAGUGCGUUAGCCAUGAUCGAUACAUACCAUUUCUCAUAGCAGAUGAUACUUACACAUAAACUGUAUGAAUAGAUACAUAUUUGGUUAAUACUUUGAUUACUUCAAAUUAAAAAACACAUAUUUGUUUUAAGUGUUUAUCUAAUCAAUUUCAUAUUAAUAUACAUUUCAAACAACAAUUCACCCGCGACUGUGAAUUAUCGUGAAAAAGUAAGUGCAAAAAAUAUAGAUAUGUUAUUAGUGUAAGCGUAUAAUGUAACAGUCACUUAAUUGUUUACGAUUUUUCAUACUUGGCCCCACGUUUCAAUUUCAAAAAAAGGCAUUCGUACAAACAAAAACAGAUAUUCACAUGCCGGCGAACAGCUGAGAGAGCUAUAAUAAGCAAUUCCCUUGAAAAUUUCAAUCAAAUUUCCGCUCCUUGCAUCAGCCGUUUCUCGUGUUCAAUAUAUGUAUACAUAUUUGGAGGGUUAGUGCUGAAGCGAAUUUAGUAUGCGGCGAGCAGCGAACGCGGCGACUUGCCCAAAAACAAUUAAAUAAUAAAGCUACGCGGCGUCUGCUGAAAAAAACAACAACAAUCGAGAGUGUGUGAAACGAACAGAGCGAAUAAGACACAUCGAAAUCAAGAGAAAUGACGCAGCUUAAAGUGCAUGCUAGUAAUGCUCUUUUGAAAUGUAUGCAAGCAACAACAAAAUAUGGAAGCGCCGUAACAGUAACGCAGAAAUGUCAGAAGCGUCACUAUGGGGAUGUCGCGCCGGCAAAGCCCUUUCAAGAGAUGCCGAGUACAAGUAUACUGAAAACAAUGUGGAAUUUUUUGCCAGGUGGCAAAUACAGUGGAGUCGAUCUUAAUGAUAUAACAAAGGAUUUGCUAAAGGAUAGCGGCGGUAAUAUUAUAAAGAUUAAAGGCUUCUUAGGCAAGCCGCCGAUAGUUGUAACAGAAAACCCAGAUGAUUUCGAAACUGUAUUCCGGCACGAUGGUGUUUGGCCCAAUCGCAAGGGUUUCGAGCUCUUGAACUAUUAUCGCAAUGUGCAUCGUCGGGACUAUUUUGGCUUUGAAUCGGGCCUACUUACGACCCAAGAUGAGGCCUGGGGCAAAUUGCGUUCAGCUGUCAAUCCCAUCAUAAUACAUCCAAAGAAUGUCAAAAAGUACUUGAGUUCGUUAGAUCGCAUCAACCAGCAGUUUAUAGAUCGGAUUAAAAUAAUUCGAGAUGCUACAACUUUGGAAGUCCCCGAGAAUUUCAAGGAUGAAAUCAGCGCCUGGACUCUGGAAUCUGUGGGUCAAAUAGCCCUCGAUUGCAAGUUAGGGGUUAUCGACAAUACAAAUCCUCAAGGCAGGCACUUCUUUACGCUAUUGCAACGUUUUUUUGAACUGUCUGUUGACCUGGAAGUAAAACCUUCUCUCUGGCGUCAGUUCCCGUCUAGUUCGCCCAAAUUGCGAGAAGCGCUCAACGUGUUAGAUGAGUCCCUAGCCGUAACCGAUAAAUUAGUGCAGGAUGCCAUAGAACGUAUCGAGCAAUCAACUACCGACAAAAGCCAUGAAGAGAAAAGUGUUUUGGAAAAACUAUUAGCCAUUAAUCGAAAAUAUGCGGUUAUCAUUGCGCUGGACAUGCUCUUCGCUGGUGUUGAUACGACAACCAGCACUUUUUCGGCCAUACUGCUAGCCCUCGCCCAACAUCCCGAUAAGCAGGCCAAACUGCGAGCCGAAAUUCUUGGCAUUUUGCCAGAGAAGGAUACACCCCUUACAGUCGACUCGAUGAGGAACUUGCCCUAUUUGCGUGCUUGCAUCAAGGAGGCUCUGCGUUUCUAUCCACUUAUAUCGGGCAAUAUUCGCAAAAUCAACCAGGAACUGGUGCUCAGCGGCUACAAUGUACCAGCGGGCUGCGAGGUAGCCAUGGUCCAUUUGAACCUUUGGCGUGAUGCAAAGCAUUUCUCGCAACCAGAUGAGUUCAUGCCCGAGCGUUGGUUGCGUGAAAAGCAGCAGGUAUCAACCUCUGACACUGGCUGUCCAAUGGCUACCAAGUCGAGCCAUCCCUUUGCCUAUUUGCCCUUUGGCUUUGGCGUACGCAGCUGCAUCGGUCGACGCAUAGCCGAAAUGGAGCUGGAAAUUGGCGUCGCUCGCUUGCUUAGGAACUUCCAAGUGGAGUUCCAUCAUCCAGCGGAAAAUCCCUUCAUUGCCUAUCAGCUGGCUACGCCACGCAUUCCGUUGCAGUUCAAAUUUAUCGAUUUAAAGAACUGAUUGUGCCUCUAUCUUCCUGUGUGCCUUAGGAUUUUUAGUAAAGCCGUAUUUAUGUAUCCUUUCACAGUAUUUAAUAACUAAACUAAUUGUCACAUGUUAAGUACAGAGUUUUCUUUUUAUAUGUGGAAUGCUGAGUUAAGAGACUAAUUAAGUUAUAGCACGUUGUCCUGUGUACAUGUAACUAUGUAAACUUACGUUGUCCUAUUGCGAUUAAAUACAUUAACUAAGCCAAGGGAAACAUG